AUGUCCGUCACAAAGAUUCUCGCCGGACGAGCAUCGAUAUCCCCCCGCGCUAUAACUCCGCGGAUCCUCCUCACCAACGCAGCCACUCGCCACUUCCCGCGGACCUUUUCCACGACGACGCCCGAGCAGAGGACUGUCACCGAGUCCGUCAAGGAUAGCCUGAAAAAGGCAGACCGCGUCGUCAGUGACAAGAUCGUCGGCGGGAUUGACAUCGGAGCCUCCGUCGCACACAAAGUCAAGGACGCAGGUGACGACGUCCUCCACGGCAGAAUGCCUGGCCACCAUGUGCCGGGAUCAACUGCCAAGGCCAGCCAGGCAGCGGGAGAGGAGCCGGAAUUAGACACUACUGAGCUGUUGGAAGAAGCAAGGAACGCGGCUAGGGAAGCUAGUGGUGAAGCCGGCGGAGCUGCGGGUAAGUCCAAGGAGAAGGCGUAG